AUGGAAAAAACACAAAAAGGAACGCGCAUAGGACCGCUGCCUGGGGGUCGCCGGGGCGCGUCUGGAGCUAGCGCUGGACGCGGCAACAUGCGGGCCGCCAGCCAAGUGCGAGGAGCUGCACGAUCACCUAGCAGCCCCUCGCAUCCAUCAUCCCCACCAGAAGGCUUGGUGUCGGCUGGGUCUUCUCGGACCCAGCAAGCGGCACCCGCUGCUGGUGGAGCACGUCGCAUGCGUUGGACAAAAUCCAUGAACGAAAACACAUUGCGGGCGUACUAUAGGGCGAAAGGAGAAGAAACUGUGGGAAUAGCGUAUAGGUCUCGGAUGCAUUGCUUUUUUGCUGAGCUGGAGCCGUCUAUCCCCGUCACGGAACAAAACCUGGCAGACCGAGUUCGGUACAUCAUGCACUCGAAAAUAUUUGAUGAUGCCGAACUCGAACGACUACGACGUGAGGCUAUUCCGUCGUCGAAUGAAUCGGCUAUGGCUGGAGAUGCAGCUCCACAUUCGACAGACCAGCAUCCACACGUGGAAGCUGCCAUGGAUCUUCCAGUUGUGGUUGAUUCGAACGACGAUGAAAUAGUCUCCCACGAACUAGAGCAAAUGAGGAGUAUAUUGGAAGAGGCGAUUUUGGAAACGCGCAGCACCCCUCUCGAAAAUCGACCGCGACUUCCCCGCAUACCCUUAAGCAAGCGAAAUCGGGCUGUCGUGAGGGCUCUUAACCCAAUGCUGGUGACCUAUUUUGAAGCCAGCCGGGACCUUUGCGAGACGGACUCUAUUCUCUUUGGCGCCGCAGUGGCAGUUUGCCGUAUUAUUGGCGCCAAACUUCCCACGGCUGGACGCGCUACUACACAAACUAACGCCAUCCCAGCCUGGAGGAAAAGAAUCGAGGACCGUAUCGCAAAGGCAAGGGCCCUUAUCGGCAGACUGACAAGCUUCAGGUCGGGUGAUAAUAGACCAAGGAUUAUGCGCACCGUUAGGAUGACGUUUGCUGGGACAAAUAUCAGUUUGUCCCAGCCGGAUAUCACGCAGAAACUAACGGAGCGCAUAGACGGCCUGAAGCAAAAGAUCGCUGCUUGGGGGAAGCAGAUUCGACGAUUUACCGAGGGGUCAAGGCGGUUCAACCAGAAUCGUCUCUUCCAAAGUGAUCAGAAGAGGCUCUAUAAAUUAUUGGAGCGACCAAAGGUAUGUGGAGCGGGCCAAGGACCGGAUCAGGCUGACAUUAUCGCAUUCUGGCGUGGCCUGUGGUUAGAGCCCGUAAACCACAGUGAGGGCCCUUGGAUGGAAGUUGUGGCGAGCCAGGGUGCGAGUGUUACGCCUAUAGACCCCAUCACCAUAACGCCAGAAGACGUGGCUGAGGUGGUCCGUAGGGCCCCGAACUGGAAAAGUCCGGGGCUCGACGGGCUGCAUCAUUACUGGCUGAAGGGGUUCGAAGUGUGUCACGCUGUGCUCGCCCGACCGUUUCAAGAGGCUCUCGACCAGAAGUCACUCCCGAGCCUCUUCACUACUAGGAUCACUCACGUGGUUCCUAAAGAUCAGGAUACCACAGACCCGAGCAAAUACCGCCCCAUCACGAACAAUGAAGCGCAGGCGUCCUGUUCUAAAGAGACCAUUCCUAGUGAUAUCACUGCUCCGCCCGCACGUCUCUCAGCCAAGGUGCGAUUGAUUAAUUUUUUGUUAACUGAAGAAACAGCACCUUGGAAGGCGAAACGACGUGGUCCACAAUCAUUUUCAUCUCAAAAGACGCGGUGA